GGCAGGCGGGCGGCAGCCAUGGGCGGCGCAGUGGCGUCCGCUGGAACACCCGAGAGAGAGACACGAUCCCCAGCUGGCGACGCCCACACAGUCCGGCCGAAGUGCAGCCGCGCCGCGCCGCGCCGCCCCCCGCCUCUCUGCCGCGCAGUGCGGUCCCGACCGUUGGCCUGCUGCUGGGGGGCGAGCUGGCAACGCCGCCCCGUGACGUCAGCGCAGGCUGCCGCUGCGGCUCUCAGCUGUGUGCGCCGCUCGCCCGGCUCAGAAGGCAGCCAGGAGCGCAGUGACGUCUGCUGGAACACACGAGAGAGAGGUCAACAAAGCGGAAGGGAACGACAUGAGCAAACUUCUGCAGCUGGUCAAACUGUGUGAGUGGAAGAAUUAAAUUCCAGCAACCAUCUUCAUAAAAAUCGCUACAUUGCGAAUCAACCGUUUGCGGAGCUGAUGCAAAAAUUGGG